CGACAAGCCGAAGCCGGUGACGAAAUUGAGUUUUGUGUCAUGGGAAUCCAUACCAAAAAUAACUUGACCAGUAAAAUUAUCUUUAACUGCUUUGAUGAAGAAGCUUAUCAACAGCUAAGAUGUUGUCUAAGACUUUGCGGAGUCGACUGUUAAAGACGUCAUGCCGAGGCUUUGCAUCAACAGCAAAGCGAGAGGCUGACUUCACUCAUGCGGUUAUAGGUGGAGGAGCUGUUGGGCUAGCCAUUGCACGCCAAUUGGCAGCUCGAGAUGGAACUAGCACAGUGUUGAUCGAGAGGAAUCAAGCUGUAGGAAUGGAAACCAGUUCGCGGAAUUCAGAAGUAAUUCACGCAGGUUUGUAUUAUGGCGCUGAUUCGCUGAAAACAAAACUCUGCGUCCGCGGCAGACAAAUGCUCUAUGCCCUCUGCCAAGAACAUAACAUCCCACACUCCAACAUGGGGAAAUGGAUUGUCGCCCAGACAAACGAGCAAUGGGAUGAACUUGUUAAAGUGCACAAGUUCAGUCGUACUCUCACAGAUGUUCCCACAGAGUUUGUCUCCCUGGAACGUGCUGCUCGUGAAGAGCCUUUCGUACAAGCCAAGACUGGGAUCUUGGAGAGUCCAACCACAGGGAUAGUGGAUAGUCAUUCGUACAUGCAGUUCUUACUCGGGGAUUUCGAAGAUAAAGGAGGAGACGUCGCCUACAUGUCACCAGUAGUAAGCAUCGAAGCUCUCGGAGAAAAAGGAACCGCCGGCUGGGCAAUUACCACAAGAGACAAAGCCAGCGGAGAAGAAAGCACCGUCACAGCCGAAGUCAUCAUCAACUCCGCUGGCCUAGGAGCCUGUGAUAUCAACAACAUGAUUCUCCCCCCAGCCAGACACAAGACCCAAUACUACGCCAAAGGCAACUACUUCUCCUACGCGGCCUCCACCCCCACCACCAAACACCUCAUCUACCCCGCCCCAGAACCCGGCCUCGGCGGCCUAGGAACCCACCUCACUCUCGACAUCACCGGACGGAUCCGUUUCGGGCCCGACAUAGAAUGGGUUGACAACCCGGACAACCUCGCCGUCAACAGCGAGCGGUUACCGCAGGCCAUCGAGCAGAUCAAGAAGUUCCUGCCGGAUGUAAAGGUCGAUGCUAUUCAGCCGGACUAUGCGGGGAUCAGGCCGAAGCUGGGCAAGGCGAGCGCGGUGGGGAGUGGGAAGGGGUUUUUGGAUUUUGUGAUUAGGAGGGAGGAGGGGUUUGAGGGGUUUGUGAAUUUGUUGGGGAUUGAGAGUCCGGGGUUGACGAGCAGUUUGGCGAUUGCGGAGAUGGUGGAGGGGUUGCUUUAUAAAUAGAUUUUGGUACAGCUGGGAAACUUGGGUAGAUAUUGGAUUAGAGUAUGGCUUGAAAAUGUAUCUAGGUCGGAAUGCUGAUGUAUGUGAGUAGAUUAUAGCAUAUGAGUAUCAGAAUGUCAUUUUGGUAUGUCUGACAUGAUAUAAAGUGUAUCUCUUAACCUCUAAAAUUAUCCAACAGAAUAGCUAGCAAUACAUCUGACCUGAGAGCCAGCAAUUAGAUUUCUCAGCUGUAGUACCUAUGGUCAUAACCUUCCAGUCGAGCGCGCCACGUACCGCCAGGAAAAUGUAACCUCCAGCCUCGCUCGCUAAACGACUCCUCCAAACCAAACCAGAACAAACCAAACAAAUAACCAACCAGAACAUCAUCCCCGCCUCUGCCCCGCAUCCGAUAUACCCGCAUAAGCAAAAGAACAACAGAAUAAAACUCAGAUCCAUAAGCCCAAGAGUGAGUUAAUGUGAAGCUGCCCCCGAUGCUCGGAGAUGGGGAAGGAUGAGACGGCAGGGGAGGGGAGGGAAAUUGUGCCGUUUGACAUGUUAACAGGGACUUUGAAAUCAGAUUAAGUUUGGGCAUAGCUUGAGGCAGAACGGUGGCUGUGGGGAGACGGGGAGGAUAUGUCGGUAAGAGUGUUUAGUGUAGAUCUUAUUGAGACGGCAGUUUUAGCUGGUGAAAGAGCAGAGGUGAUGUACCUCUAUGACUGUAAAAAAGCCACUUUACCGUGCAGCUUGUUUCAAAUAUGCCAUUCCUCCUAACCUUGGGUAGUAACGCGGUUGGACUGCUUGCUCAUGCCAGAAGAAGAAGACGAAGAAAAUUAUUUGUACUGUGAGGCGCGAGCCGCUAUUUACACCAAUCAUUCCCAGCAGAAAUCCAACAACGCCAAGGCUCUCAACCACCCAAAUGAAUCCCCCGCUGAAAAUCAACACCCCAAACACCAUCCAAUGCACGCAAAAUCGUAACCUAUUAACACACUCUACAUCCUCAAUCACCAUUCCACCAACCACCCAAUCUCACCUCCCACUCAUCUCAAAAGUCUGCACCACCAAAAUCCCCUCCACACUCUCCUCACUCUCACUCUCCCUCUCGCCCUCUCCUUUCUCCCUCGCACUAGCCAACCCCCUUCCCCUC